AUGGCUGGAAGUCGACGAGCGGCGCGACAGGGGACGUCCGGUAGGUACGUGCGGAGGAUCCAUUGCCGAGAAGGACCGUUCCCCGGGUUGGUCCUGCUCGUGUGAAGACGUGGCCGAGCUAGGUGGCCCCUGGUGGGAUCUUGAUGCCGCUGGUGAAUGUGCUGGCAUGCCUGGCAUCACAUCGGAGACGUCCGAGGAUGCAUGUGAAUGUCUUCGGGCGUGGAGGGACCUUGACUCGUGGGCGCCAUCACUGGCUUCAUCGCUUGGCUCGCCGGCAGUCUCGUGCGUCACUGUCAUUCGGUACCUCUCCAUUCCAGAGCUCGAAGGACAGGGUUCAGGCGUCCACGACGUGCUGUGAGGAUACUGCAUCCCCAUCCUUGUGUUCUUGCUGACGGGGUGAACACUCAGGCGAUCACCGGCCUUCGCUACCGAGUAGACGUGCAUCGAGCGGUCGCUGCUUUGCGUUGCGAUGAACUGGUUUCGCGGGUCCCAUGCGACGCCUUGCACAAAUCCGGAGUGUUCGGCAAUCUUGUGCAGCAGAUUUCCCUGGGCCACGUCGAAGAAAUAGACUGUGUGAUCGAUGCUUCCCACCGCAACGUGGGCGCCAUUAGGGGAGAAGCAUAG